AUGAGUAGUGUUUACUCAUCAUCCACUAUCUCGAACUGUGACCAAGAAGAAAGUGGUGUAUCCAGAGAUAGCGGGAUUAACCGAGUGCAAAACGUCGUACAAAUCGAUGAUACUAUGAGGCCCAUCCGGCCGAACGUUUCACGCCAGAGAAGCAGCACCAACAGUGAUAUGGCGGUGGAAACAAAGGAACCAACCGACGAAGAAGGUAUCGUAGAGUCGCCCAUCCUUCAAGACGCCCGCAUGAACGAGAUGGAGGAACGGCUCAGACGGAAGCUGCAGUUUUUCUUCAUGAAUCCUAUCGAGAAAUGGGAAGCCAAGAGACGCUUCCCGUACAAGUUUGUGGUACAAGUUAUUAAAAUAGUUCUCGUCACGUUGCAACUCUGCCUCUUCGCACAUUCCCGAUACACGCACGUGAACUAUACGUGGGAUAAUACGGUCACCUUUUCGCAUCUCUUCCUGCGCGGCUGGGACAUCACGAUGGAGGUCAACAACUAUCCGCCCGAGACGGGCCCGCUCUCGGUGUACAUGAUCGAUGAGUUCUUCAAAACGAUUGACUAUGCAGCGGCGGGAUACGCUAAUCUGCCGCAGGCGAUCGGGCCCUAUUCCUAUCCAACCGAGGACAACACGAUGGCACCCAUGAGGCUGUGUCUGUACCGAUACAAGGACGGUACGAUCUUUGGAUUUAACGAAAGCUAUGUGUUCAACCCCGAAAUUGACUCGCUGUGCGUGGACCUAUAUCAGAACGUUACCGUCAAUGGUAGCCAAGCUUAUCUGCACGAUAAGGACAUUCACAUAAACUUUUCCGCCUUGGUCAAAGCGGAACUUACGUUUGCAAUCAAAACGGUCAACUUUAAGGCGGCCGGUCCGAUAACGGCGCCGGAUUGUUAUCGGUUCGACUUGCUGAUCCUGUUCAACAACCAGGACCACGACGGCCAAAUGGUACUGCGGCUCGAAGCAGAACCCACUCGGCUCGUAUGCCACGGUGAUGUGGAGUUUAUCAAAAACUCCCAGAUAGACGACGCACUGCGCAGCUUGUUAAACAUCCUGGUGAUAGUGAUCUGUCUUCUGUCGUUUGCCCUCUGUGCGAGGGCCAUUUUCCGUGCUCAGAUUCUACGCCUGACAACGUGCGACUUCUUUAAACAAGCCUACGGAAAGGACCUUAGCUGUGAAGGCAAAUGGGAGUUCGUGAACAUGUGGUACAUUAUGAUCGUGUUCAACGAUAUACUGCUCAUCAUCGGAUCGGCCCUGAAGGAACAGAUCGAGCGGAAACACUUCAUUGCAGACGAUUGGAACGUGUGUUCGCUGCUGCUUGGCGUGGGAAAUUCGCUCGUCUGGUUCGGUGUCUUGCGUUAUCUCGGAUUUUUCAAAACGUACAACGUGGUCAUACUGACUCUGAAGAAAGCAGCCCCAAAAAUUAGUCGCUUUCUGCUCUGCGCACUAUUGAUCUACGCCGGAUUCACCUUCUGCGGCUGGUUGGUACUUGGACCGUAUCACAUCAAGUUCCGUUCGCUUUCCACCACCUCGGAGUGUCUGUUCGCACUCAUCAAUGGUGACGACAUGUUCGCUACCUUCUCAAUCAUGUCGGAGAAGUCAUUAAUGCUGUGGUGGUUUUGCCGCAUCUACCUGUACUCGUUUACCAGCCUUUACAUCUACGUGGUACUAUCGCUGUUCAUUUCCGUCAUUAUGGAUGCGUACGAUACGAUCAAGAAGUAUUACAAGGAUGGUUUCCCACAGUCCGAUCUACGGCUCUUUGUCGGACCAAUCAGCCCCAACGAUUUCUCCAGCGGUGUGUUCAGAGAGCACGAAGAGUUCGAUACGGAAAAUAUGUCGUUCACGGACGUGGUCAAGCGUUUAUUCUGUUUUUCGACCAUGAGCGCCGGGCCAACCGGUUACACAUCGUUACUACCAAAGGCUUCAUCUAGCUACGUAAACAAUUAG